CUCACCGCUUCCAUAACAAACACCUUUUCUCGUUGUCUCUUUUGUGGACUGCCCCCCACUACCACCUUCACCAACGCACACACGCCUGACACCCGCCAAUUCAAUUGCCUCUGCACUCUCCCUCUUCCCUCGUCUUCUCACCCUGCCCCCUACCUAGUCCACCGCGUCCAGCCCCAACAUGUCUGUCGUCUCGCUUCUCGGCGUCGAGGUCAAGAACAACCCCGCGCGCUUCGACGAGCCCUACGAGUUUGAAAUCACAUUCGAAUGCCUCGAGCAACUACAAAAAGACCUUGAAUGGAAGCUGACCUAUGUUGGCUCCGCGACCUCAAACGAGUAUGACCAGGAACUCGACUCGGUCCUUGUUGGGCCUCUGCCAGUCGGUGUCAACAAGUUCCAAUUCCGCGCCGAUCCCCCGGAUCUAUCGCGCAUUCCCAACAGCGAAAUCAUUGGCGUCACCGUUAUUCUGCUCAGCUGCAGCUACGAUGAGCGCGAGUUCGUCCGUGUCGGAUACUACGUGAACAACGAGUACACAGAUGAGGCGCUCGCCUUAGACCCUCCCACCAAGCCUGUCAUCGAGAAGGUACAGAGGCAAAUUCUUGCCGAGAAGCCACGAGUCACCCGCUUUGCCAUCAAAUGGGACUCUGAAGAGUCUGCGCCACCCGAGUUCCCCCCUGAGCAGCCAGAGGCCGACCUCACUGCCGACGGAGACCAGUACGGUAUCGAGGAGGAGGAAGAGGAGGAGGACGAGGGUGUUGAGGGUGCCGCUGCCGAGGGUGAGGAUGCUGCCAUGGCAGGUGCUGAGGACACUGCCGGCCCUGUCAACGACGACGACGCCGAGUCUGAGGCUGGUAGCGAGGAGAUUGACAUUGAAGACUCGGAAGAUGACGAGGAGGAAGAGGGCGAGGAGGGCGGAGACGACGACAUGGAAAUGGAUGAGGCCGAGCCAAGUGCUGCCAGCGGUGACAAGGCAACCGGCCAACAGUCUGGCGGUGCUGCACAACAACAGCAUGGCGCAGAUGUCAUGGUGCACUAAGCAGCAACUGUGCCCCGUUCAGGCCACUUUUUGACUUUGCAAACCCGUCAUUGCGAAUGCCUUGGAAAAGCGGCAGGCGGUGUUGGCUGGGUCGUCUUCAAGAUAUGUAUACACUUGACAUGCCUGUAGCCACUAUCUACAGGAUAUUGUCUUCCCCUUGUCACGAAAUAACAACGUACGAUGCCAAGCAUGAUGAUGAUCAUGGUGGA